CCGCCGUCUCUCCAGGGGCCCGGCGGCCUCUCCGCCGCCUCGGAGCGCCCGGGCCUCAGCCGCUCUGUGCCCGGCGGGGGCCGCGGACGGGGCCGCGGGGGCGGUAGAACCGCCGGGCCCCGCUCGGGCCGCGCUCGGCAGCAGCGGCGGCAGCGCUCGGCUGGCGGCGGAGUGAGAACCGCGCUGCACCGCCGCGCCCGCCCCUUCCCGGCGCAGGCAGCGCCACGUCUCGGGCAGGAGCCGGCGCCGGGCGGGCGGCUCCAGAGGAUUCAGCUCCUUGGUGAUUACAACUUUGUCUACGAGCUGUUUCCACUAUGUGGCAUUAGCAGCUGCCUGCUGCACACCAACAUCUCUACUGCUCAGAACCGUGCUCCUGUGUGACGUCUUGAUGCUGUUCUUGCUGAUGGAGAGAAACAGGACUUGGUAGUUCACUUGGUGGCAAAUUGUUGAGAAGAACUUUCCAGGGAUCUGGACCAUUUUUACCAUGGACUCCACAUCUGUCCAGCAGGAUGUUCACUUGGAGAGCAGAAGCAGUAAUGGAGCUCCCACCAGCUCUGAAGAACUUUUGGAUUGUAAAGCCAAGUCACAUCUAGUUACUACAGAUGAAAUUAACACUACCAGUAAUAACAUCAACGAAGUGCCAAAUGAAGAGGGAAGUCUGGAGAUAAACAGCAAAGUGGAUGCCUGCCAGAAUGGGCCAGAGUCACUCUGCCCCGACUCUCCUGUAUCUUUUGAUCCUACCAGCAGUGAGCAGGGUGAAGAGUCAUCCCCAGGUGUGACUGGUUUCCAUGACAGCCUAAGGAAGUCUCAGGGAACUAGUGCUGAGGGCAUAGCUCUUAGAAAAGAAGCUUUGCAGUCUCUCAAACUAAGUCUUCCCAUGCAAGAAACUGAAUUGUGCUCAGUAGAGUCUUCACUGCCAUUGGAAAAUGAGGAACAAAUCAGGCUUCAGGCAAGAAGGCGUCUGGAAGAACAGCUUAAGCAAUACCGAGUGAAGAGACACCAAGAAAGAUCAAGUCAGUCUACAUCCAAAACCCGUCCCUCCAGCACCCUGGAUCCUGAGCUUAUGUUAAAUCCAGAAAUCCUGCCAAGAGCCAGCACUGUAGCAAUGACAAAAGAAUAUUCCUUUUUGCGGACCAGCGUCCCCAGGGGGCCAAAGCUGGGUAGCUUGGGACUACCAGCAUCCUCAAAAGAAAGAAGAAGCUCAAAAUCUAAAGCCAGCAAGAUCCGGUCCUUGGCUGACUACAGAACUGAAGAUUCAGAUGCUCGAAAUGCUACUGGGAAUUCUGUGGCUACUGACUUAUCUGGGGGGGCUCUGAUGCAAAGCAGAAGUGGUCCAACAUCAGUUGUUUCUGAGAUCAGUCUGCCCUCUGAUGUGGAUGAUCGAGUAGAGAAUUCCUCCUUGGCAGGAGAUAGCAUUUCAGAAAUUGAUGGGAGUGAAGUGGGAAUGAGGCUGGAUGGAAAUGAGAGCGACAGCUCUACCUACAGCAGUGUGUCAGGGAAAGGCCUCUAUAGCAGCUCACAGAAUGCAGAAGGCAAACAGGAUACUCCAUAUACAAUAAAUGGCCAGAAGAUACAUCCUGAAGCAAUGGGGCAAUUUCCUUCCAUCAGUGAGGUGCUGCAGGCUGCGGCAGUGGAACAUCAGGCCCAAGAGCAAGAAGUUAAUGGAGAGGUACGGAGCAGGAGGGACAGUAUUUCUAGCAGUAUUUCUAUGGAAAGCUCUAUCGCAGGAACUCAUGACGAGAUGUUGCAGGUUAUGAAGGAGAAGAUGAGACUUGAAGGCCAACUAGAAGCACUCUCACUAGAAGCUAAUCAGGCUCUCAAAGAGAAGACUGAGCUACAAGCCCAACUUGCAGCUUUGAACAUGAAGCUUCAGGCACAGAUGGAGCACAGCCAGAACAGCCAGCAGAAGCAGGAAUCCCUGAGCUCAGAAGUGGCCACAUUAAAGCAGUCUUGCUGGGAUCUGGAACGAGCAAUGGCUGACCUGCAAAAUGCCUUGGAAGCAAAGAAUGCCAGUUUAGCUUCUUCAAACAAUGAUUUGCAGUUGGCAGAGGAGCAGUACCAGAGACUCCUGCAGAAGGUUGAAGAUAUGCAAAAAAAUGUUCUCACCAGAGAUAGUACAGUUCAUGACCUGCGCCAGCAGUUGGCUUCCUUGCAGACCCAGCUUCAGAAAGUGCAGCUGGAACGGACCACACUGACCAACAAGCUGAAGGCAUCUGAAACAGAAAUCACAUCUCUCCAAAAUGUGAGGCAGUGGUACCAGCAGCAGCUGGUCCUGGCACAGGAGGCCCGUGUCAGGCUGCAGAGUGAGAUGGCCAAUAUACAGGCUGGGCAAAUGACUCAAGCAGGAAUGUUGGAGCAUCUCAAACUAGAGAAUGUGGCCCUGUCUCAGCAGCUGACUGAAACCCAGCACAGGUCCAUUAAAGAAAAGGAACGUAUUGCAGCACAACUACAAAAUAUUGAGGCUGACAUGUUAGACCAAGAAGCUGCCUUCAUGCAGAUCCAGGAGGCUAAAACCAUGGUGGAAGAAGACUUGCAGAGAAAACUAGAGGAGUUUGAGGAUGAGAAAGAACAGCUUCAGAAAAUGGCUGAUUCUGCAGCAACAUUGGAGCAGGAAUUGGAACAGGUCAAGUUGACUUUGCAUCAGCGAGAUCUGCAGCUUGAAUCCUUGCAGCAAGAGCACCUAGACCUGAUGAAGCAAUUGACUCUUACCCAAGAGACACUGCACACCAAAGAGCAGUCCCUGGAUGACCUGCAAACACAGUAUGAUGAGCUGAAGGCCAGGCUAGAAGAGCUCCAGAGCGAUGCUGCUUCUAAAGAUGACACGAUCCAGUAUUUGCAGAAUGAGAAGAUCGUGUUGGAAGUUGCUCUGCAGGCAGCAAAAGCAAGUAAAGAACAACUUGAUGAAGGAGCGACACGCCUUGGAGAAGAUACAGAGGAAACAUCACAAAUCUUGGAGCAGCUGAAGCAAGAAAUGGCAGUCAAGUCAAGCCAGGUGGAAAAUCUGCAACAAGAAAAUGCCAACCUCAAAAAACAACUUCAAAAAGUAAAGGAACAGUUCCUGCAGCAGAAGGUCAUGGUGGAAGCUUAUCGAAGAGAUGCGAGUUCCAAGGACCAGCUCAUCAGUGAGCUGAAAGCUACAAAGAAGCGGCUGGACUCAGAACUGAAGGAGAUAAAGCGAGAGCUGCUGAAAAUCCAAGUUGAAAAACAGUCACUUGAAUCUGAGCAUUCAAAACUGCAGAAGGAAGUAUCUCAGGUUCACCAGCAGAUGGUGGAAAUAGAAAAUCACCUCCAGUCAGUGCAGAAAGAACGAGAUGAUUUGGAAACACGUCUACAGUCUUUGCAGUUCGAUAAGGAACAAAUGGAAUCUCUUGCUGAGGCAAAUCAGGCAUUAAAACAACAAGUAGAACAAAUGCAAGAAGAAGCAAAAAAGGCCAUUACAGAGCAGAAACAGAAAAUGAAGCGUCUUGGGUCGGACCUGACGAGUGCUCAGAAAGAGAUGAAAGCAAAACACAAAGCCUAUGAGAAUGCAGUCAGCAUUCUCAGUCGGAAGCUGCAGGAAUCUCUUACUGCAAAGGAAUCUGCUGAGGCAGAGCUGAGCAAACUAAAAGCACAAAUUACUGAUGGUGGGAAUGACCAGAUUGCUCAGGAGAAGAUUCAAGCUCUGAAGACAGAACUGCGAGCUGUGAGCAGCAGUAAGUUGAUGCUGGAAAAAGAGUUGCAAGAAGUGAUUUCACUGACCAGCCAGGAGCUUGAAGAGUACAGAGAGAAAGUGCUGGAACUUGAGGAUGAGCUUCAGGAAUCUAGAGGCUUCAGGAAGAAGAUAAAACGUUUAGAAGAAAUUAAUAAGAAGUUGGCUCUUGAACUGGAACACGAACGUGGAAAACUUACAGGUCUCAGCCAGUCCAACGCUGCUUUGCGGGAGCACAAUAAUAUUCUCGAAACAGCAUUAGCAAAGAGAGAGGCAGACUUGGUACAACUGAAUCUACAGGUUCAGGCAGUCCUAAAGCGGAAAGAGGAGGAGGAUCAGCAAAUGCAGCAACUUAUUCAAGCUUUACAGGCUUCCCUAGAGAAGGAAAAGUUAAAAGUUAAAGACCUUCAGAAGCAGGAAGCAGCAGCCAAAGCGGAUGCAGCCCAUAACCGGCGACACCACCGGGCAGCAAUGCUCGAGCUCAGUGAGAUCAAGAAGGAGCUCCAUGCCAAAGAGCUGCUGGUCCAGGCCCUGCAGGCUGAGGUGGACAAGCUGCAGGUAGAGGAUGAAAAGCAUUCCCAGGAGGUAUCUCAGUUUCAGCAAGAGCUGGCAGAAGCCAGAUCUCAGCUCCAAGUUCUGCAGAAAAGCCUGGAUGACAAACUUAGUGAACAGCCUCUAGUAAGCCAAGAGGUGGAAGACCUGAAGUGGGAAGUAGAACGAAAAGAAAGAGAAAUUGAAACACUUAAGCAGCAGCUGGACAUGACCGAACAGCGCAGCCACAGGGAGUUAGAAGGGAUACAAGUUGUUUUGCAGAAUAUCAAGACUGAGUUGGAAAUGGUGCGGGAAGACCUGUCAGUGACUCAGAAGGAUAAGUUUAUGCUGCAGGCUAAAGUGACUGAACUGAAGAACAGCAUGAAGUCACUGCUGCAGCAAAACCAGCAGCUGAAGUUGGACCUGAAGCAUGGCAAGAUGAAGAAGAGGAAAGAACUGAAAGGCGAGAAUAACUCUUCCAAUCCUGUUACUCCAGUCAAGAUUCCUGAUUGUCCAGUGCCUGCUGCCUUGCUGGAAGAACUGCUGAAACCAACAGCUGUGAGCAAGGAGCCUCUAAAGAAUCUGAACAGCUGUCUCCGGCAAUUAAAGCAAGAAAUGGACAGCCUUCAGCGCCAGAUGGAGGAACACACCAUUACAGUACAUGAAUCAAUGUCUUCAUGGACUCAUAUUGAGGGCAAGUUAAUGGACCUUACUUCUACAAGUCCUACAACUGCAGCAGACCAGCAGGAGACUCCUCCUGCAGAUGAAAAGAAAGAGAAUUGUAGUGUUAGUGACAAGGAGGCUUUGACACUAUAACCUUCUUAUCAGUUGUCUUUCUUCCUAUUGCUUUAAGUAUAUAAACAAAUCUUUAUAAAAAUUAUUUAUUUCAUUUUUUUAAAUGCUGUUCAGCAUUGUGCUUUUGCCUGUAGGAGCAAAGGGCACUGAUUUGAGAAACUGAUGGAAUAGUAAAUGCAGAAUAUGCUAUUCUAAGGGUUUGUUUGAAACCUUGCCAUAACAAUUCUGUCAUGUUGGGUACUGCCAAGUGGUGAAUCUAGCUCAUUUGAGGGCUUAGUAAGAGAUUCAUAUGAAGGUUUAAAAUGAGGUCAAGAGAAGCAUCUGGUUUUAAGUAUGUAAUUGUUCAGUCUGGGUGAGUUUGUUAAGGAAUUACUGUUGAUUAUGUAACAUCUAGGUUUUCUUGUUUGGGUUUUUUUUUAAUUUGUGGGAGUAGGAUGUUUUUUUUCCCCAUCUUGGGUUGUAGCCAAACUAUAGAGAAAAAUAAGUUCUUCUCAUGUUCAGCCAUGAGAACUGGAUAUGCUGAGUAUUCUCUUGUCCCUCCUAUAAUCUCUUAUUCUUGAAAUUCAGAUUAUAGAUAUCUGUAUUUGAAGGAAAAGAAGUUAUUGUAAGCCAUUUCCAGUUCUGAAGGUGACCUCUGACCUAUUGCAGAAGGAACAAGACUAAAGACAAGCAAUGCAGAGCAGUUGGUAUCUUUGGCAGAUUUGCCUGGGAUGUUGGCUAAUGUUUUUCUUUUACAGUCACAGGCCAGUAGUGAGCUUUGCUUCACUGGACAAAUACUUUGCACCUUUUAAUUUCAAGUUUUGAAGUAGACACCCAUUAAAAAGUAUGUGUGUAAUAUAUAUAUAUAUAUAUCUAUAAGAAAAAAAUCAUAAUUUUCUGACUUUGAAUAUCUGGUUUAAUAUGCUUAUAUACUGUAAGUUAAGGCUACAGUGAGGGGUUUUGUUACAGUUACUAUUUUAAUGUUAAGUUUGCUCUUCUUUGACAUACUGUACAAAUGGCUUAGGGAAAUGAGCCCCUAAAGCCAGAGCUUUUAGAAAUGUAAUUAUUUUUAUGUUAAAAGACAUAAUUUUAAUGCCUAUAAAAUUAUUAUUAUUUUUAAUAGUUUUAUCUUCUCCCACACACUUGCUCUACUUCUUGCACCCUCUAUUACAAGGUGUCCACCGUGGAUGGAAGUGUUGGCACUGUGGCAGCCCCUCUGCAGAACACCUUGACUAAGUUAUUUUUAAAGCAGCUGACUUUAGUUUCCUUCAUCUUUGGUCCUGUUGCUCCAUGUGGCUCAUAGUUCAGUGAUAAGCCAGCCUUCUCCUCACCCUAAAAUUCAGUGUUCAGGUAUUGGGAAGAUUUAGUGGCAAUUCAUGUGCUACAAUGUUUUUGUCCUUAAAACAUGAAACAGGUCAAUUAUAUCCACUGUCUUUUCGUGUUUACAAAAAAAAAAAAAAAAUCUAUUAAGUACAAGUGGAUUCAAAGGCUGGAAAAAAGAUUUC